UUUCGGUCAAAUUCCAGGAGUUUGGUUCUCCGGGUUUUUGAUGCUUCAGAAGCCGGAUAUAUUUAUUAAUGUAUAUGUUUUUUAUUUAACAUUUGCAGAAUACAAUACAAAGACACAUCAUUUAGAACAAUACAACAUGAGAACAAAGCACCGUUCUGAAUCCAGUAUGUUUUACUGUAUAGUAUAAGCGAGCGGUUUUAGGGAUGGGCUGUGGGUUACAGGCUUCGGUCACAGAGCAAGGCCUGAGGGGGCAGACAUGUCAGCACUUAAAUCUCCUUCAGGCAGAUUUAAAACAGUGCUGGGUGACCACAGGAAUUUACUUUUGGUCCAAAGGUUUCUCCUGAUAAACUGAUUCCAUGUCGGAUCUCAGUUCAGCUUUUUUAAAGCUGCUGGACUGAACUUAACAUUCUUUGCUUUUGGCUUCAGACUUUGGAUGUUUGAGACACGGAAAAGGUUUCCUCUUUUGUGAGUUUAAAGCAACACACAGACCAGGAAGUGCAGAGACCUGUGACCAGACCUGUGCAUGUUGGAGGGAGUUCCUCUGUCUGAUGGAGCCACAAAGCUGCAGGGUGGAGGCUGUUUGUGUGUGUUGCAUCUUGCACGGGCCUGUUUGUGUGUGGUGGGUUUGUGUGCUCAGCCGGCUUCAUGCAUGUUGGUGUGUGUGAGUCAUGUGCAGGCGAGGUGUUGGCAGCAGCUGUUGUGUCAGGUGGGCGUGUCUUGUGUGCUGCGGGGAAGGGGUGGGGCCGGUUUCACAGGUCCAGUUACCUGCUGCCCCUUUCCUGUCGUCAGUCUGUGAAAGCUUCUCUCCGAGGACGAACACACGACAGACGCUGAGGGUAGCAUCAUGGUCCACCAUCCACAGUUCAAACGUGCGGGCAAGGAGGCUGGGCUUCAGGUGUGGCGAGUGGAGAACAUGGAUCUCGCUCCGGUUCCUGAGAACCUGUUUGGACGGUUCUAUACAGGAGAUGCCUACCUGGUCCUGAAGAGCACCAGCAACCGUGGAGGGAAGCUGCAGUAUGACCUCCAUUACUGGCAGGGUUCAGAGUGCUCUCAGGACGAAAGUGGAGCAGCAGCCAUCUUUUCUGUCCAGAUGGACGACUUCCUGGACGGAGCACCGAUCCAGUACCGCGAGGUCCAGGGUCACGAGUCCACCACCUUUAGUGGGUACUUCAAAACAGGCCUCACAUACAUGCAAGGGGGAGUGGCCUCCGGAUUCAAACAUGUGGCGACCAAUGAUGUGGAGGUUAAGCGACUGCUUCAGGUCAAAGGUCGACGUGUGGUCAGAGCAACAGAGGUUCCUGUCAGUUGGGACAGCUUUAAUCAGGGAGACACCUUCAUUCUGGACCUGGGAGAGGAGAUCAUCCAGUGGUCUGGUGGCAAGAGCAACCGGUUUGAGAAACUCAAGGCCAACUUGGUGUCCAGGGACAUCCGGGACAAUGAGAGAUGUGGACGGGCACAGAUCGUGACCUGUGAUGAAGGAUCAGAACCGAAGAAGAUGAUAGAGGUUCUGGGGGAGAAACCGGAUCUUCCUGAGUGUCAGAGCGACGACACACAGACAGACGCCUCCAACAGGAAGGCAGUUAAGCUUUACAAGGUGUCCAAUGCUGGAGGGGACGUGGAGGUCACGGUGGUAGCGGAGGAGAACCCUUUCCCUCAGGAUGCUCUGAUGUCCAGUGACUGUUUCGUCCUGGACAAUGGUGCCAACGGACAGAUUUUCCUCUGGAAAGGCAAGGAUGCAAAUGAGGAAGAGCGUCUAGCUGUUUUGAAGACCGCAGAGACGUUUAUCAGUCAGAUGGGUUACAACCCCUACACACAGAUCCAAGUCCUGCCUGAGAUGGGGGAGACGCCCCUCUUCAAACAGUUCUUCAAGAACUGGAGGAAUCGGGAGGACACCGUCGGCAUGGGAACAGUUUAUAUGUCCAAUAAGAUUGCAAAAAUUGAGAAGGUGCCGUUCGACGUGACCAAGCUCCACCAGUCAGACUCCAUGGCGGCCCAGUAUGGAAUGGUUGACAAAGGUGAUGGAGAGAAACAGAUUUGGCGGAUCGAGGGGUCCGAUAAAGUUCCAGUGAACCCAGAAACCUUUGGUCAAUUCUAUGGAGGAGACAGCUACAUUAUCCAGUAUCAGUACCAGCAUGCUAGCAGAACCGGCCACAUCAUUUACAUGUGGCAGGGGGCGGAGUCCAGCCAGGAUGAGGUUGGGGCAUCUGCCCUCUUGGCUGUGCAGCUGGACGAUGAACUUGGAGGUGGUGCUGUUCAGGUGCGUGUGGUUCAGGGGAAAGAGCCCGCCCACCUGAUGACUCUGUUCAAGGGACAACCAAUGGUGGUGUACAAGGGUGGGACUUCCAGAGAGGGCGGCCAGUCUGAGGUUGCAGACACUCGCCUGUUUCAGGUCCGAGCCAAUCCCGCAGGAGACACCAGAGCUGUGGAGGUGGGUCCAUCCUCCUCCUCUCUGAACUCUAGUGACGUCUUUCUGUUGGUGUCAAACUCUGGAUCCUGGACGUGGAAGGGGAAGAACAGCAGCUCAGCUGAAGCCAAGGGGGCCAAAGAACUUGCCGAGAUCCUCAGUGUGACCCCCACCCCACUGGAGGAGGGGGAGGAGGAGGGUGCAUUCUGGGAGGCUCUGGGGGGUCAGGGAGAUUACUGCCACACGCCCCGGUUAAGCAACAAGAUGGACGUUCACCCUCCUCGUCUGUUUGCCUGCUCUAACAAAACUGGAAACUUCACGAUAGAGGAGGUUCCAGGCGAACUCACACAGGACGACCUGGCUCCAGACGAUGUGAUGCUUUUGGAUACCUGGGACCAGGUGUUCCUCUGGAUUGGAAACGAGGCUCUGGACGAAGAAAAGGCGGAGGCUCUGGCAUCAGCCGAGCGCUACAUUCAGAGCGACCCAGCCAAUCGAGACCCACGGACGCCCAUCGUGAAGGUCAAGCAGGGAUUCGAACCACCAACCUUCACCGGCUGGUUCCUGGGCUGGAACACAGACUACUGGACCCACGACGCACUGAGCCAGUAAAGCGGUUCUGGAAGACGACGCCGUCCGUCCGUCUGUCCGUCACGGCGCCUCAGCAGCCUUCCUGUCAUCACACGGAACCACGGAUCUGUGUUACAUCUGCGGCGUCACGUUGGCUCGUUAACGGCCCUUUCCAAUAAACCAAAGAAUUUUUGAAGAAA